AUGGUGGUGAGGACAGCUGGGUGGGGGUAUAUGAGUGGUGGAACGGAUAUGGAAAACUGGGAUUGUUGUGGUUUUCUGUCGGGCUCGGCCUACCUUGAUGUGUGGAGCAGUAGGAAGCAAAGAAUAAGUAAGAGUAUAUUUUUCAUGUCAACAGUGCCAAUAUGCCUGGGCCCUGGGUUGCUUGAUGAGUUUGCAAUCUGCCAGCCAUCUGUGUCGCACAAACUGGAUGACUACACGAGGGACCGGGUCCUCUGGCAACGUGUGGUCGCGUCGGCGUCUGCGUCGCUUUUCACCGGCGCGACUUUCGCGUCGCUGCGCGGUGCGGCGCUGCCCGGCGCAGGUCACGUGACGUCACCGGCCGUACUUAAGGCGCGCGCGCCGCCGGGCGCGGUCUGUGCCCGCAGAGCGUCUGCCGCGUCUUCUGCGCCUCCUGACAACAUCCUGCUGCAACCCGCGCGACACCCGAUCGUCGCCCGCCGUCGUGCAACUACAAGAAUGAAGUGGGUGCUGUGCGUGGCGCUGCUGGCCGCGCUGGCCUGUGCUGUCUGCGACGCCGCCCCCGCUGCCGCCCCCGCCGCCCCCGCCGCCCCCGCAGAAUCUUCGCGGGCCAUCGGCGGCGAGACGGGCCGCCAGCAGAUGACGACGACGAUGACGAUGACGACGUUCCAGUGCAGCCGGUGGUGGCCGCGGCACCAGCGCAGCCCGCCGCCCCCGCGGCCGUCGCUCCGGCCCGCCGCCGCCGCCGCAGCCGCAGCCUCCGAAGAAACGGCCGCCUCGGCGGACUACACAGCGCCGGGUGAGCAAGCGCAGCCGCUGCAGUACGACGACGCGGAGGCGGACGCCGAAGCGGACAGCCAGGCGGAGGCGGAGUCCGCCGAGGAGGCGGCGGAGGCCGUGCCCGACGCGUCGGAGGUGCGCCCGGAGGCGGUCGCGGCGCCGCCCCCCGCCGUCCAGGAGCCGGUCGGCGCCGGCGGCGACGACGACGACGAUGACGACGACGACGAUGACGACGACGACCUGGGCGUCGGCGACCUCGACGAGGACGACGACGACGACGAUGACGACGACGAUGACGAAGACGACGACGAAGACGACGACGAUCUGGACGUCACCGACGACGUCAUCGAGGCGAAGAGAUCACGAGCGAUGGAUGGUAACAAUGCUGUUCCACCUAUUUAUAUAACUAAGUACAAUCGUUUUGUGGAUAAUAUCUUAGAUCGAAUAAAUCAGGUUCUGCGGAAGAGUUAUGAUCCAGUUAAUGUACGUUUACAUUCAAACAACAACACCAAGAAAAAUGGCACAGCAAGUAGUAGUAAUAAAAAGAAAAAUGGCAACAAAAAGAAGAAUAACAGUGUUCGCAGACCAACUAGUGGGCAACGAAAACCACAUAUUACAGGCAGAAAAAGCAACAAUGCAACAGUACCUGAUGAAUCACUGAAAACAUCAAUGGUUGCUGUGUCAGAACAGCUGAAGGACUACCAACAAACUAUCACAGCGACUGUAGAAUCAACAAGGUUACAGACCAAUGUACUAGCAAGCACUGUGAGACCAACAUUAAGCAGCCGAGCAAGACCACCUCAGAAGAAAAAGCAACCACAGACAGCACAGAAGGCAGGAAAUAAGACUAACAAUAAGACUAAAUCCAACAGACCUCCAACACGUGCAACUCUCUAUGGCCUUGCUUCCAUAAAACGUGAUGGAGAUGUAACAGUCAACAUGAUGAGCUCUCACACAACCAUAAAAUCACGAUUCAGUCUGGGACCUCUGAUGCUUAAAGUUGAACGAGAAUUUGGGAGAGGAGCCAAGAAAGACAUUCGUAGUGCUGUUGCCACAACAACAGAAAUGUCCGGAAAAUUAAAUUUGAGGAUAAUGAAUGGUGGCGCAGCAACUCUGCAUUCAAUCAGGGUACUUCAACCAAAACAGGUGCGAGUUGAGAGUGCUGAUAACCAUGAUAAGACUCGCGAAUUUAUUUGGCGCCGUUCCAGUCACAUUGCUCAUCUUGUAUCACAGAAGUUAACAAGAGCAGCCAAAUCUAUGCUCCAACCACCACCUACAGUUGUUAAGUCCUGAAAUGAUUAUAAUGAUUCUCUGAAAUAAGCAUUGUACCUGCUCACUCAGUGCAAAUGAGGCCUGGUUAUAUUAACCAGCUCUAAUGUGUUGCAUUUUAUUAUGUACACUGAAAUCAGUUCAGGACUAAAUGUGUUAUGUGUUUCUAUUUAUUUAUUUAUUGUGU